GAACUCCUGCAGCACAGUCGAGGAAGAAGGUUCCUGUGGAUUUGACAUUCGUAAACGUGAGUCGCGUGACUGGAGAGCGACUGUACUGCAGCCAAAGACGUCGGAUGCACAAUGUCCCAGCAGUCUCCAGCCGACCCUGAACGGCCAGGAAAUGCAGUCGUGGUGUGUUUGGGUCCCGUAGGAAUUGACUACAUCCCCACAGAGGAGGAGAGGAGAGUGUUCAGGGAGUGUAAUCAGGAAAGCUUCUGGUACAGAUCUCUUCCUAUAUCUGCCAUCAGCAUGGCCUUCACUCAGUUCCUUAUCUCUAGAGGUGCUCUUACAGCCUCCGGUAGAUUUGGAUCUUUGCCCAAAGUUGCUUUUGCUGGUGUUUUUGGCUACCUGGGAGGGAAGAUGUCAUACAUGAAGACUUGCCAGGAGAAAUUUAAGAGCUUGGCGAAUUCGCCACUGGGGGAGGCACUGAGACAGAGACAGCAUCACCAACCACCAGUGUUUACCCAUAAGCACCCGGAAAUGAGUGAUCCAAACAAAGCUGAUUUUGAGCCGGCCUUUCAACUUGAUGAUCAGAGGAAUCAGUCAUUGUCCUAUUCUAGCGAUUUCACUAACAGUGACCCCAUGUCCUCAGCCGCUCAAUAUGACACUCAAAUUACAGCAGAACCAACUUACGUUGAGGAGGAUGUACAGAAGAAACACAUGCUGUAUGAGGAGCUACGGAGUAAGAACAGGGAAAACUAUGAAAAAACAGAGACACUGUUGAAGCCUUCACAUGAGACCAUUCCAGCCAAGAGAGGGAAGAAGAAUAUAUAUGGAGACACAUGGGAGGAAUGAGAGCUGCUUCAACACCGUUUCACUGUCUAGAACCGUUGUCUGCAACUGAUGUCUUUUACAAUACAGAUGUCUAACUGUGUCCGAGAAAUGUCUGUCAUUGACAGUGUACCUAUUUAAUUUAAAGACCAUUUUUAUUUUUAAACUUUGUGCAGCAUAAAGG